UCAUGUGACUUCUCGAUGAUUAUUUUUUCUUCAUCGAUCUACACUGAAAGAGAAUCAUGUCGACCGAAGUUGUAAUGACCGUUGUGACUCUAUUUUGGGCAUGUGUUGGUAUUGUCAUUCCAGUUUUUGUCCAAUACACAAUGUCUACUUCCCCAAACAAAGGACUCAUUCAAACGAUGUGUAUCCUUACGGCCUUUUGUUGUUAUUUAUUUUGGUUAUGUGCUUAUUUGAGUCAGUUAAACCCUCUCUUUGGUCCCCAACUUGACAGUGAGGUCAUCAGAUAUCUUCAAAUUGCAUGGAAUAAUAAAUAAACAACAUGCUGAUUGAUGCAGAAAACUACUCAAAGAAAUGAAAGACUGUAAUUUCAACAGUAGAACAUAAAAGGUUGAUGGAAAAUGAAAUGUAUAUGGAAUGUUCAGAGAACAAAAAAUAUAAAAAAGGAAAAUUAAUCUUUGAAAGUUAUAGUACAUGAUUUUGUAUCUAGACCUGUAUUAAAUAAUGGUGAUUGAGUUCAUUUUUUUUUUAUUACAUUACAGUCCUCUUCAACUUUUAUAUAAUUAAAUUUUGAGGAUGAAUAUAAGCCUGCAUGAAAAAUUCAUUGUAUGUAUCCACAUACAAAUGCCA